CCGGGGAGGCUGCGCGGGCGCGGGGCGGGCCCGUAGCCGGCGGGUGGCGGGGCUUCGCGGAGCGGCUCUCCGGUCCGCGGGCGGGGCGCGGACAAAGCCGCGGGGAGUCCGACGCGGCGGUGCCGGCCGGCGGCCCCGCUCGGUGCGUCCCGGCUGCCCGCUUUUGUGCGCGGGUCAGGGCGAUGGCAGUGGCCGGGCAGGAGGACUACGUGUACCUCUACAAGGACUCCUCUCACCCCGCCGAUUUCCUGGAGGCGUUCCGGGCAUUUUACCUGGACGGGCUGUUCACUGACAUCACCCUGCAGUGUGCUUCGGGGGUCAUCUUCCACUGCCACAGAGCCGCUUUAGCGGCUUGCAGCAAUUAUUUUAAAGCCAUGUUUACAGCUGAUAUGAAAGAGAAAUCUAAAAACCAGAUCAGACUUCCCGGGCUCAGCCAUGCAGUACUGGAAGCCCUUGUGAAUUAUGCAUACACAUCACAGAUCCAGAUAACAAAGAGAAAUGUCCAAAGCCUACUCCAGGCUGCAGACCUCCUCCAGUUCGUGUCAGUAAAGAAAGCCUGUGAGCAGUUUCUGGUGAGGCACUUAGAUACUGACAACUGCAUAGGGAUGCACUCCUUUGCCGAAUACCAUGAUUGCUCGGAGCUAGAAAAAGAGUCCAGGAGGAUAUUGUUAUGGCAGUUUGAAGAAGUGUGGAAACAGGAAGAGUUUCUGGACAUUGGCAAGGAGAAGCUCUCUUACAUUCUCUCCAGAGAGAAUCUCAAUGUUUGGAAAGAAGAGGCAGCUGUCGAAGCUGUUGUUAAGUGGGUUGCACACAAUGUGGAAGAAAGAAUUGAAGAUAUCUAUGAACUGCUGAGCAGCAUCAAAGUAGACUUAGAUAACAUGUAUUUGAGGUCAGCUUUAAGCCUACAAAAAAAAUGCCAACUUAAUGACAAUAAGAUAAGGUCACUCGUAUACAAUGCCCUGAACCCCAAUCCCAAAGGUCUUUCCAGAAGACCCACUGCAGCCAUGUAUGUGAUUGGAGGAUAUUAUUGGCAUCCCUUAUCAGAAGUGCAUGUUUGGGAUCCUUUAACCAACACGUGGGUCCAGGGAACAGAGAUGCCGGAUCACACCAGAGAGAGCUAUGGGGUCACUAGCUUGGGACCAGACAUAUAUGUGACAGGAGGUUACAGAACAGAGAGCAUUGAAGCCCUUGACACUGUAUGGAUAUAUAACAGCGAGAGAGAUGAAUGGACAGAAGGCUGCCCCAUGCUUGAUGCAAGGUAUUACCACUGUGCAGUUUCCGUUAGCGGCUGCAUCUACGCAUUGGGUGGUUACCGAAAGGGAGCUCCGGUGCAAGAAGCUGAGUUCUAUGACCCUUUAAAAAAGAAAUGGUUUCCUAUUGCAAACAUGCUCAAAGGUGUUGGAAAUGCCACUGCCUGUGUCCUGCAUGAAGUCAUCUACGUAACCGGAGGUCAUUAUGGGUAUAGGGGAAGCUGCACCUAUGAUAAAAUCCAGAGAUACCAUUCAGGUAGCAAUGAGUGGAGUAUAGUCACCACAAGUCCGCAUCCAGAAUACGGAUUGUGUUCAGUUACAUUACAAAACAAGAUCUAUUUUGUGGGUGGACAGACCACGAUCACGGACUGCUAUGACCCAGAGCAAAAUGAGUGGAAGCAGAUGGCUCACAUGAUGGAAAGAAGGAUGGAGUGUGGUGCGGUGGUUAUGAACGGAUACAUCUACGUGACGGGAGGAUAUUCCUAUUCAAAAGGAACGUAUCUGCAGAGUAUUGAGAAAUACAACCCUGAGCUGAAUAAGUGGGAAGCAGUAGGUAAUCUUCCCAGUGCUAUGCGGUCACAUGGCUGUGUCUGUGUGUAUAACGUGUAGACAUUUAAUUUUCAUAUUGCUGCCACAGAAAAGAGCAGAUGCAGAUUCAUAAUAGUACCAAUUACCUCAUGAAUGAGAUGCCUAAAACAAUCUCUUAGCACAUCAUUAAAAACUAGGUAUAAUUUGUCUUUAUUUUAAACAAUUCAGAAAUAUAAAUGUGGUAAAAAGAUUUCCAUAUAUUUUUUUCAGUCCAAUCAUUCUUUGUCAUGAACCUUUUCAAAUGACUCUCUUAUAAUACUUUGGGCAGCUAUAGAGGAACUACUGUGAAAACCAGAUUUGUUUUCAUUGAUCACUGGGUGGAACUAUAAGCUGGUGCUAAGGUGAGUAAAGCCAAACAAAAUAUUCUGCAUUUCUAUGGACUACUGGACUUAAUCUUAAAUCUUUGAUACUCCAAAGGUAGCUAUAGAAAUGGUUCAUUGCCGCAAGCUAAGCAUGUGGUACAUAUAGAGCAAUAUCCUGGGUUAUCACAUCCAGAAAUCACGGGCACUUAUAGGAUGCCUCUAAUUCUACCUUCAAAUGCCAGAGCAGAGAAGAGCACAGGCUGGGAAUGAGGGAAGAAAUACCGUGCAGUAGCCCCAGAGCACAAGCCAGAAGUGUGCACUAGUUUUCCAGAAGGAGAACAAGCAGUAUUUAAAUAGCUGGUGCUUUGGCCCUGCUGUCCCCAGCCUUCUCACCAGUCCUUGUUCUGCAUCCUGCCACGUAGGUAGUAAUACAAAUGCAUUUGACCGAAUCGUUAUUACAGUGACUUCUUAGGAGUUGUUUUCACCUCAUAGCUUGUACAGAUAGUGUAAGAUGGGGCUUGUUACUAGCCUGGUUCCCUGGGGAAGCAAGGUGCUACUGUUGUCUUUCUGUGCAUGUGUCAGCUCCCCUCUAACACUGGACUCACUUGUCUGGGUUCGGUUGUGUUCUGCAGGGAGCUAUAGGCCUUAAAAAUACAUGUUUCUUGUUAAGGUUUUGUGAAAAUUAGGAACACGAUAGAGGGGGGGACAGAGGGACUGAAAGGAAGCACAUGAGUUGUAUGGAAAGUACAAGAUGGCGAAGCUUUCCCAGUGCCGAGGUGUCUGUGAGGUGCAUUCCCGCUUUUGCUGCCCCUCACCUGGUCGUGCUUCAGCUGUUGUGGGGCUGCAUGGGCUGAUAGUGGUGAUCCAAAUAAAGAAACGCCUCAGGGAGCGGGGAGGCUCUUCUAGCCCAGAUCAGUUCCCCAGUCUGGCAUAUAAAAUGACAGCAGAAACAGUUGUUAGACAUUGGCAUGAGAAGGAGGGACAACACAGGGCUGCCAUAGGCUGUGGUAGGAACUUCCUACACCAGCAUUGCCACCAAAAAUGAAAUUUUGGUUUUAUUGGAUUUAUCAGACAUGAUGAAAGCAGCUUUCCAAGCAGGUAAGCCCUGAGUUUAUAAUAUUUCUUUUUCCUGAUCAUAAGCAUUUUCAAAUAUUUCUGUUCUUUCCAUUUUGUACUAUUUCUCACUUGCGUUUGCUGGUAGCAGGCAGCACUCACCUCUGGGCUUCAAUGUGAAGCUCUGUGGUGUAUAUAUAGUUCUUGUUUUGAUGUCUCUGUGUGCCACCUUACUAUGUCAGAAGCUUGUGUGCGUGGGUUCAGCGUUUUGCUUCGUUAUCCAUCCCACUGAGAGCUAUUUAAGGAUCCAGUGUAACUUGUUUAAAGAUUAUAAACUGUAAAGAGGUGUGGGGAAUCGAGCUCUGAUGCUGUUUGAAAUGCGUGGACUGGGCAGGUGAACAAAAGAAAUAAAGUGAAUUUGUUUCUCCUGGAAAUCUCCACAGCCAAGAAUUAUUCAGAGGCAGGUGGAGAUUUGAAGGACAUCAUCGCAAGAGCAUGAAGGUCAUCUUUGUAUUGAACAAAACUGCAGUGAACUCAAUGUGCAGAUGUAAUUUUCAGUGUGAAAUAGGUACCUGUGAGGCCUCAUGUUUGUCAACAACCAUGAGCAUAGAACAGCUGUUUGUGGCUGGCCCUAAGGGUUAUUGCAGCUGUUGUUGAAAGGGUGUAAGAACAAGGCAAGGACUAACAAAACCUUCCAGCAUCCACCUGUCUGCUGCUUCUAACUUAGGCGCUUAACGUUGGUGAAAGACAGCGCUGUUCUGGGGCUGGAGCGUGGAGUCCACUUUCUUCCUCUGGGCACCCUGCAGGCCCGCUGUAUGUUGCCUCUGCACCUCAGCACAGCUGUGAAGUGGGGAAAAAAAGCCUUUAGUUCUGACGUGCUGGGAGAGUAUGGUGCUGGUCUGGCAUAAACCAAAGUCGUUGAGACUUCUGCCUAGGGCUUCAGAUAAGUCCUGGUUUUUAAAAUAUUUUUGAAUGCAUUAGAAUAAAUGGAAUGUAAAAGUUCAGACUCGCUGUUAAAAUUUAACUGGUGCUAAUUUAUAUGAUAACCUACAAUGCCCUCUUAAAUCAGCCCAUGUCCGUAGCAUGUCCCAAGAUGGUGUGUAGCAAUCGGGUCUCGAGCACAGGUGGGAAUAUGAAUUCAGGGAGAGGAGCAGGGAUUCUGGCUCUUGCUGCAUCCUGUGGGAGGUGGAGAGCGCAGAGCAGGGGCUCUUUUUGCUGUCCGUGUGAUGUUUUUUAAUAGUAAUAGUUGAAUGUGAACACUAAAUUUUUGUGCUAUUGGAUCUGUAUUAUGGCGGAUGCUGUUUUACUGUUUUGCUUAUAAACCAGAAAAUUAACUAAACCAGAAGCUGAAUCAGUUGUUAAGUCAGUACUAUUAAUAUUUUUACUCAUGUGAUCCCCGUGUCUGUAGUGCUAUAGAUGUCUACAACACAUCUAUAGUACUGAAGGGAAUGUAAUAUUUAAUAAAUGUAAAUAUAGCAUCAGUAUACAAA